AUGCGGAGCCCCCCAUCCGGAAGUGACGUCAGGGGCCGUAGGUUGUUGCUGCGCAGUAUUCCCAAAGAAAGAGAAAAAUCCCGACACGGAGACCUGUGGAAACUGCGGAGUCCUGAGCCAGAGGUGUAUAAUCAUGAAUCCUGUGUAUAGCCCUGGGUCUUCAGGGGUUCCUUAUGCAAAUGCUAAAGGUAUUGGUUACCCUGCAGGUUUUCCGAUGGGGUAUGCUGCUGCUCCAGCCUACUCUCCUAAUAUGUAUCCUGGCACAAAUCCUGCCUUCCCAUCAGAGGUAGAACAAUCAUCAUAUGCGGCUUCCGGUUUGCAAAUGUACAUGUUCGGGCACACGUUCUCUGCCGCUAGGAACGGUGCACUUAAUUCAGGAUAUACGCCUGGUACGCCAUAUAAAGUGUCAUGUUCCCCCACCAGUGGGACUGUUCCACCUUAUUCUUCUUCCCCUAACCCUUACCAGACAGCAGUAUACCCAGUAAGAAGUGCCUACCCACAGCAAAACCCAUAUGCACAGCAGGGAGCCUACUAUACACAACCUCUGUAUGCAGCCCCUCCACAUGUAAUCCAUCACACUACAGUUGUGCAGCCCAAUGGAAUGCCAGCAACGAUGUACCCCGCACCCAUCCCUCCUAAUAGAGGCAGCGGUGUAGCUAUGGGCAUGGUAGCUGGGACCACAAUGGCAAUGUCGGCAGGUACAUUGUUGACCACCCAUUCGCCAACUCCCGUAGCUCAACACCAAGUUACAAUGCCUGCGUAUCGGCCUCCGGGGACACCAACCUAUAGUUAUGUCCCAACACAAUGGUGAUUAGCCAAGUGUUUAAAGAUGGAAGAUAUGCAAGCAAGUAAGAUGCUUAUUAGAUGGUGCUGAAGUGUUAUACCUCCAGCGAGAAGUUUCUUCCUUCUGAAUUCUCUCAACACUUUGCCUAACACUAAUUCAGGAUCCGAAGAUUUCCAUUAUUGCAUAUCUUAACAUCUUGGGACUCUAGUGGUUGUCUUUAAUAUAAAAUCCUGUUUUGUGGACAGUCUUGCAAUUUUUCUAGCUAAUUCUAAUGAUAAAAAGGGAGUAUAAAGUUGUUUCAAUGAUCCAUAUCUAGUUGAGUGCAUGUAUAAACACAAAAUGACGCUUGCUCAGUUUAUUGCAGUGACAUAUGCAAACGAGAAAAAAAAAAAAAAAGAAACAUCAUAUGCAAAAUCCAAAGGAGUCAAGAAGAAUUCUUAAGGCUUUUUCCUUAUCGUAAGGCCUUAGAAACCUGAGGCAAGACUAAUCACCCCAGUGUGUUCUUUGAGUGUUGCUCUGCCAUUUUUUUGAAGGUUGUUGCUAGUAAAAUGUUGCCAUGUGAUCUGACAUCAUAUGAAGUAAUUAGUGUAAUUCAGAUUAUACCCAACUUCUCACUAGGAAUAAGAAGUUUUGUUUUUUAUUUUUAACUUUCAUUUUAUUUUUUACAUUGAGUUAAAUAGGAAUAGCUGGUUUAGGUGAUGUGACUAAGGAAGAUAACUUGGCGCACAGAAGACAGGUUAUAAGCCUAUCGCAUUCUUGGGUACAGAUUUCGCCAUGCGUGAGGUGGCCGCACUCUAGUGUUCGCUCUGCACUUACUGUGGUUUAGAAAAUUGACACUUGAAGCAUUCCACAGAAAUUUAAAAAAAAACCUGCUACUUGUCCUGCUCCUGUUAUUUGACUUGAUUGAAAUUGGAAAUAAAUAAAAACAAAAA